AUGAAAGCUGUUACCUCCCUCGUUCUUUCCUGCGCUGCAGUGACUGUCUCUGCUGCUGCUCUUCCUGACGGUACUCAGGUGGUCUCUGCCCCUAUGGAGGGUUACGAAGUUGUUCCCAUGCAAUGGAAGGGUGUUAUCAAGGAGGGAGAGGCUCCUGUUUCUCUGAAUGGUACUAUUGAGUCGAUUAUCGCUCAGAUCCAGGAGAUCAACCCGGAGUUCCAGUUGGUGGAAGAAGAGCCCGAGGCCUCAUCCGAACUUGAAGCACGCAGCCAAUCUAACAUCAUUUGCAAUGUUGGUGGUAAUGGCGGCAAUGUCGACGUGGUAGCGGCCCGACGCGAGCAAAGGUACCUUCGCUCCUUGGGUACCAGUGUAUGCGGUGUUGAUGGUGGGCCUGGCAAGUGCGCACGCAUCUCCUGUUCUUAUGGCGAUGCUAUCUGGCUUUGCAACGACAACACCCACUACAUCCAACCCAGGUGCAGCUACUUGGCUGACUAUGUUGAUAACAUUAUUGCGCGAUGUGCAACGACAACCAACAGCCCUCCUUGUACAGUCAGGCCUUGCCCUCCUAGCUGGAGCGCGCAAUUCGUUCGAGGUCAGCAGUUCGACACUGACAGGUACAACGUUAUUGUUGGCAGAAGCAACUGCUAG